CUGGAACGCCUCGGCGUGACGCAAGCGGGCGUAUUUAGGUGAAUUGGAGAAGUUGGGACCGAGGAGUGAAGAUCUUUACUGAUUCCGACAGCACAGGAGACUUGGAAGUGAAGGACAGAUCGCAGCGGCGGUGAAAGUGCCUGUCACCCCUUUCGGAUCAGGAUUCCAUGAGUACCUUCAUCAUGUCUGUCCUAACUCGGGCGAUCGUCAUUCUCGGGACUUUAACAUUGACCUCACCAGCACAGGGAGACCAAGGAACAGUGCCCGUCUCAGUCAACUGCUCCACCAGAGGAACUUACUUCAAGGAGGACCAGGUGGAUGUGCUGUGCCCGCCACGGUGUGCCUAUGCCCAGCUUGCAGUCUGGGGGUCUGGCGUGUAUGCCUCAGUCUCCAGUAUCUGUUCAGCUGCUGUUCACAGUGGUGUGAUUGACAUCAAGGGAGGAGUGGUUCAUCUUCAGAAACUUCCAGGACAGGAAAAUUAUCAGGGUUCCACUGCAAAUGGGAUAAGGUCCUCAUCGCUUACUCGAUGGAUGAGCUCCUUCUCGGUCUCCAAAAUGGAGAGGAUAGGUCUUGAAGUAUCUGGACAGCCAAGAGCAACUGUUGUUCCAACUGCACGGGCUAUAAAGAAAAAAACUGGAAAAAGUAGGAAAAAGAAUUCAAAACCGAUAAACAAAGAGUGCAAGGUCGAUAUUGCUUUCUUAAUAGAUGGGAGCUGGAACCUUGGUAAACGCAGAUUUAACCUACAGAAGAAUUUUAUCACUAGAGUCAGCAACUUGCUUGGCAUUGGACCAGAAGGGCCACUUGUUGGCAUUGUGCAAAUCAGUGACAAUCCUAAAACAGAGUUCAUGUUGAAGGACAACAUGAAUUCAAGAGAUCUCACUGCUGCCAUUAAAAAUGUGACAUACAGAGGAGGCAACAGCUAUGUUGGCAAGGCAUUGAUGCAUACAACUGAGGGCUUCUUCACCGCCAGCAAGGGGACACGGACUGGAUAUCCAAAGGUUGUCGUUAUCUUAGUGGAUGGAUGGCCCUCGGAUGAUGUGGACAGUGCUGCAAAUCAAGCCAGAGAAUCUGGUAUUAAUGUCUUUAUUGUCUCAGUUGCAAAAGCCCUUCCUGAAGAGCAAAAGAUGGUGUUCGAUCCAAAUUACGCAGAAAAGAUUGUUUGCAAAAACAAUGGAGCAUAUUCUUACGCUAUCCCAAAUUGGUUUGGUAUGUACAAGUUCAUAAAGCCUCUAGCACAAAGGAUGUGCUCUUACAACCAGAUGGCAUGCAGUAGAACAUGUCAUAAUUCAGUCAACCUUGCCUUCCUAAUUGAUGGAUCGAGCAGCGUUGGGGACAACAAUUUCCGCACUGUUUUAAACUUCAUCACUGAAAUCGUGAAGCCCUUUGACAUUCACCAGAUUGGUUCAAGAGUUGGUGCUGUUCAGUUCACAUAUGACCAGAGAACUGAAUUUGAUUUUGAUGCCCAUGUAACAAAGGAUGAUGUGCUCAAUGCCAUCAGUAGCAUCCGUUACUGGAGUGGGGGCACAGCCACUGGAGAAGCAAUUGCACACACCACGAAGAACCUCUUCGGAAAAAUUAAGAACAACAACGUAAAUGUGCUGAUUGUCAUUACUGAUGGUCAAUCUUACGAUAAUGUUGCAAGUCCAGCGACUGCGGCGCAUCAAGCAGGUGUCGUAAUUUAUUCAGUUGGAAUUUCAUGGGCAAUGCAAAAUGAACUCAAAGCGAUGGCUUCAGAACCCAAAGAUUCGCAUACUUUCUUUGCAAAUGAUUUCCCGGUUGUUAAUAAGUUGGUGCCUGAUAUUCUUAAAGGAAUUUGCAACGAUUACUCACUGAGAGCGAUGUAAACCAACAGCUGCCUUCAUAUUCAAAUGUUUACCAACAACAUAUUAGAUCUCUUCUGACAAUACUAACAAACAUGCUCGUGCAAUAUUUUGUAGAAAUCUAGGCCUGAAUAUUAACAAACAAUCCUGCCUGUGUUAUUACUCUGACAAUCUAUCCAAAUUGACAGCAGGAUUGGAAAAGCUUAAUCCAUUGCAUUUAUAAACAGCUAAUGUUUGAGGAAAAUGUUAUUGCGGGUUCAGUGAAUGUAUCGGAAAAACAUUGUUGGCCAUUUGAUUUCAGUGACAAGUAACCUCAGUUAAAACUAAAUACAAAAUGCAUUUAAUGUGUUUUGUUUGCUUCAAUGUUAUGUAACCUACUCUGCAAAAUAUCUUAGUUUUCAAUAAAUCCCAGUCUAUUAUUACA